UCCUCGAGGUCCUUUGAACUUUGAUUGAUAUUUGAUAUCUCCCUCGCGGUUACGUUUUUCAUUCUUCUCGUUCUCGGGCAGCCGUAAGUCCGCCGACACCCAGGUUGCCACCGUAGCCGGUCUAUCGAAGUCCGCCGUCGAUUACUCCCUUGAAUUGGAAGUCGAAGUUUCAAUAUAUAUAUAUAUACAUAUAGAAAUGCCCGGGACUGAAGUAAAUUCAACCAUAAGUAAAUCAACUGGACUGCCUCGAAAGCGAUUCUAUCGAGCACGAGCACACAGCAAUCCACUGAGUGACUCCCACUUCCCUGUGCCGAUAUCUCCUAGUCAUGUUGACUAUUCCCUCCAUUACCCUGAUCUUUUUCCUCCAUCUGGUCAAGCUAGUAACUCCAAGAAGAUCCAGUUUGCUGAUAUUGGCUGCGGCUUUGGUGGACUGCUUAUCAGUCUAUCAACCCUUUUCCCUGAAACACUGAUGAUUGGAAUGGAACUUCGAGACAAGGUGACAGAAUAUGUCAAGGAACGCAUUUUAGCUCUAAGGGCAGCAAAUCCAGGACAAUACCAGAAUGUCUCAGUGGUGCGUACGAACUCCAUGAAGUACAUCCCUAAUUACUUUGAGAAAGCACAGCUCACAAAGAUGUUUUUCUUGUUCCCGGAUCCCCACUUCAAAGAGAAGAAUCAUCGCCGACGUGUAAUUAGCCCACACUUGCUAGACGAGUAUGCUUAUGCUCUUGAGGUUGGUGGGAUCAUAUACACAAUAACAGAUGUGGAAGAACUUGGGGACUGGAUGAAGUCAUGUCUGGAGAAUCACCCCCUGUUUGAAGCCCUGACUGAGAAAGAACUUGAAGCCGACCCAUGUGUGAAGCUGUUAAGUACUGCGACUGAAGAAGGCCAAAAGGUGGCUAGAAAUGGAGGACAAACGUUCCAAGCCGUAUACAGGCGCAUCGCGCUAUCUGAUCGAACAUCCCAGACUUAGGCUGCUCAACCUCAUUUUCUGCAUUCAGAUAAUUGGAUAGUGAGGUAGUUCAUUUGAUCAUACAGCGUUUGCCAUCUUUGAUCUGCUAUGUUUUGUACCUGGUUGUACUAUAGAAAGCAAAAGUCUCAAAGUGACAUCAAGAUGAUUGGGCGUCAAUUUGUCCUGAUCUUAUGUUUCCACUUUCCCAGAAAACAUUCCGCAUUUUGAGUUGAAGAGGAAUUUUUUGAAAUAAAAAACUUAUUUCUUAAUA